AUGCGGUUCCUCUGCUUUGCGGUCGCCUCGUUUGCGGGCUCUGCUACGGCAGCAUCGGCCCAUCGUCCCCAUCUCUAUCACCGCAACGCUCUCAAUCAGACAUCGCCGUCCUGUCGUGCCGUGCCGGGCGGUGCUGGCUGGCCGUCCGCAGAUCUCUGGGCAGCACUCAACACGACCGUCGAGGGCCGCCUGCUCAAGCCGGCACCACCAGGCGCCGUGUGCCACCCGUCGCAGCCGACGUAUUCGGCCAGUGCGUGCGCGGCCGUGCAGGCCAAUUGGACAGACGAGUUCUUCCACUCGAACAACCCCGUGUCCGUCGAGUGGAACAACUGGACCAACGACACGUGCGUGCCCGACGCCAGCCAGCCGUGCAGUGGUGCGGGCUACCCGGUGUACGUGGUGAAUGCGACGACACCGCAGCACGUGCAGGCGGCGGUGGUGUUUGCGCGCACCAACAACAUCCGCCUCAUUGUCAAGAACAGCGGGCACGACUAUGUCGGCCGGUCCGCGGCGCCGUACGCGCUGUCCAUCUGGGUGCACCACAUGAAGAACGCCACGCUGCACCGGACGUCGUUUUCGCCCACUGGGUGCUCCAAUGUCACCAUUGCCGGGGCUGCGCUGACGGCCGGUGCCGGCAUCCAAAUGUACGAUGCGUAUGCGCUGACGCACACGAUCAACCACACGGUCAUUGGCGGCAACGGCCGCACCGUGGCGCUGGGCGGGUUCAUCACGGGCGGCGGCCACAGCAUCCUGGCGCCGCAGAACGGCCUGGCGACAGACAGCGUGCUCGAGAUGGAGAUUGUGUCGCCGUCGGGCGACAUCCUGACGCUCAACGAGUGCCAGAACACGGACCUGUUCUGGGCGAUGCGGGGCGGCGGCGGGUCGACGUUUGGCGUGCUGACGUCGGCGACGAUGGCGCUGAUCCCGAGCCCCGAGCUGGUCGGGAUGACCUUUUGGAUCGGCACGGCCGCCGACAACACGCAGGCCUUUGACAUGCUGGCGUACGUCGUGGGCCAGUUCCCCGGCCUGGCCGACGCGGGCGUCUCGGGCUACCCGAUCGUGUUCAACACGGUCAAGAACUUUAUUGACAACAGCGACACCUUCAUCAAGGGCAUCAUUGGCAAGCUGAUCCUGCCGAGCGCGCGCAACGCGUCGCAGCUCAUCGAGCACAUCAAGCCCAUCUUUGACCACGUCAACGCCACCUGGCCGCACAUGUACGGCGAGUACAACACCACGUACUACCCGGACUUCCAGGCCUGGUACGCCGAGAACUACGACCCGUCGCCGACGGGCCACGAGAACUUGAUGAGCUCGCGCCUGCUCGACCGCCCGGCCCUCACCGCCGACCCGGCCGCCCUCAAGCUCGCGCUCGCCAAGUUCUCCGCGUCGGGCCAGGCCACCGUGUACAUUGUGUCCGGGCCGGGCGUGCACAACGCCACGCCGCGCGGCGGCGGCAACGCGGUGCUGCCCGUCUGGCGGCGCACCUACGUGCACGCGACGGCCAGCGUCGCCUACUCCCUGCCCAACAACGCGACGUACGCGGCCGACGCCAGGGAGCUCACGACCUUCUUCUCGUCGGCGAUGCGCGACCUGGCGCCCGACACAGGCGCGUACAUGAACGAGGCGUCCAAGUACGAGCCCAACUGGCAGACGACGUUCUGGGGCGACCACUACCCGCGGCUGCUCGCCAUCAAGAGAAAGGUGGACCCGACCGAUGUCCUGUGGUGCACGCCCUGCGUAGGCAGCGAGCGGUGGGCCGAGGAGGCCGACGGGAGCCUGUGUCGUGUGUAG